AUGUCGGCAGACGCACCAGCGUAUUACCAUGAGCCGGUCUCCAUGCCGGCUGCGCCACGCCGUGCUGUUCUCCAGACCUUGUCUACGCAGGAGACAGUACCUGUACAGCGCCAUACCUCCGGCUCCCACCCAGCGUACAAGCUGAGUGAAAGUGCGAUGCAGAACGAAGCGCAGCAAGUCGUGCAAGAGCGUAUGCGCUCGCAUGGCCGUCCUCGUGAUCACUUGGCACCGCUGGAGGGUGCUCAAAACAUUGCGCCGACAGAGAAGCGGGCGGCGCCGCCGGUGACCAAGGAGAAUGUUGCGCACUCGAGCAAGAAGCCACAACUGCCUACGCCGCCGCGCAUCAUUGUGGAUCCGGAAGGCAACCAGUACGAGCGCCAUGCGAUGCUGGGCCAGGGUGGCUUUGCGCGUGUUUUCCAUGUCACCGAUCGUUUCGGCCAUGACAAAGCGUUCAAGGUGAUUGCGAAGAGCGCUAUUAUGCAAUCGAAGAAGAACCGUCAGAAGAUUCUCGCUGAGAUUAUGAUCCACAAAUCGCUGAAGCAUGUCCAUAUUGUCCGCUUUGAGGACGUGUUUGAAGAUGCGGAGAAUGUGUACUUUGCACUGGAGCUGUGCCACAAUGGCAACAUGAAUGAUAUUGUGAAGCGCCGAGGCCCCUACCUGGAGUCGGAGGCCCGCUACUUCAUGGUGCAGAUUCUCGCGGGCAUCCAGCACAUGCACAACAACUCGAUCAUCCACCGUGACCUGAAGUUGGGCAACUUGAUGCUUGACAAGGACAUGCGUGUGAAGAUCGGCGACUUUGGACUGGCUGCGCUCCUCAAGUACCCUGAGGAGCGCAAAAAGACGGUGUGUGGUACACCGAACUACAUUGCGCCUGAAAUUCUGUACGACCAGGGCGAGGGCCACAGUUUCGAGGUGGAUAUCUGGUCGGUGGGUGUGAUUCUGUAUACACUCCUUGUGGGUCGCCCGCCGUUCCAGACGAACAAUGUACAGAAGAUUUACGACCGCAUUCGCCGCAAUGAAUAUGAGAUUCCUGCGGAGGCCAACGUGUCGCCUGAAGCGCAAUCGCUGAUCCGCCAGAUUCUCUCGCAGCGUCCAUCGGAGCGUCCGUCGCUGCAUGAAAUUAUGGACCAUCCAUGGUUCCAGGCCGGCACUGUGCCUUUGUCGGUGCCCUCGUCGGCUGUGUACCACCAACCGUAUAUUCCUUCGUUGACAGAGGCCGAGAGUCUGCGCAACUUUGCGCAGCUCAAGGCGGAAGCCCAAUGGCUUACUGAAGAGGAAGAAGCAGCGCAGGCGAUUGCGCAGCCGCCACGCAGCGCACGUCAAGAGCUGACGGAGCUCGAGGCGGCGGAAGAAGACCGCGAUCGUCUGGACCGCGAGUCGCAGCAGGCGAUCAACCCAGGCAGUCCGAUCUCGACGCUGCUCAAGGUCGGUCGUCAGCCGCUUGUGAAGACGCCCGCGCUGGCGCCUGCCUCGAUGAAUGUGGCGCCCUCGGCGCCGAUGGCCCUGGCGCACAAGAUGAGUCACCUGGGACUGCAGGACAAGGAGAACACACACGGUGCCAGUGUGCCGCGCGCCACUCGUCAUGCGCCGACGCCCUCUACAUCAUCGUCGCGGCCUCUUACGAGCAUGGAGCUCAUGGUCCACUACCUUAGUCAGGCGCUUGCGCACCAUGAUGCCAACAUUGUGGAGCCUAUGGUGCCUGUGGAUGCGACGGGCGAGGCGGUGACCGUGCCGCUGCCGAAUGUCAUUGACGGCGAGGCGGGCCAACUGCGUCUGAAGCCGGAUGCGCCGCGUCUGUUUAUCAUUUCGUGGCUGGAUCACUCGGAGAAGUACGGCCUGGGCUAUGCGCUGUGCAACGGCGCUGUGGGUGUGCAUUUCCGCGACUCGACCAGCAUGGUGUUGGCACCGCGUCGGCAGGCGUUUGACUAUGUGUACAAUGUGCGGCAGCGUGGUGCGACAGAGCAGGCCGCGCGGCAUGACCAGCUGCGUCGCGAGAACUACGUCAUGCCCGCGUCGAAUGCGUCGGCGAACGACUAUGCGUGGCUCCCACGCGAGUUGGUGUCCAAGUACAAACUGCUCCACUUUUUCGAGAGCGAAAUUAUGGAGCGGUUGUAUGGCGCCGACAGCCCGCUGACGUACGUCGAUGAGCAUGCGACGACGAACUUGGGCUUUGUGCACAAGUGGUACCGCUGCAAGCAGGCUAUCGUGUUCCGUCUGAGCAACGGCACGGUGCAGUUCAACUUUUACGAUCAUACCAAGCUCUUCUUGUCGGUCGACAGUCUGGUGAUUUCUGCGAUUGAGCCUGUCGACCGUACCGAUGGCGUGCCUGUGCUGCGCACAUGGACACUCUCGGAAUUGAUUGCGAUUGCGCAUCCCCAGCCCCAGCGAGCGCCGCUUCGUGCGUCAGGUCCUGAAGAAGUUGCGCUACGUGCGUGA